UUAACAAUAAUAACAGGUUAAUAUUAACAAUAAUAACAGGUUAAUAUUAACAAUAAUAACAGGUUAAUAACACUCUGAUAUAAACAAAGGGCCUACUCACUUUCCCAGGGUAUCUGACUAUUGGGGAGAAUAGGAGUCUGUGUUUGAAUCCCUUCUCGUUCAGAUACCCACUUAACGUGGGUUAAUUCAAUUGCAGACAUCCAUGUAACCUGUGUGUUCUCAGAGGAUUGUGGCCUGCCCUGCAGCUUCCUGCCUGGCAGUGAUGAAGUCAUCCACUGGCUGAAACCAGAAGACAAGGACCUGUCCGUCCACUCCUACUACUACAGUACAGAUCAGCUCAAACAGCAGAGCCAGCGUUUCAGAGGGAGAACAGCCCUGUUCAAUGACCAGAUCCCCAAAGGAAACGCUUCACUACUGCUGAGAGGGAUCACACUCCAGGACCAGGGCAGAUACAAGUGUUACACCAGCACUAUUAAAGGCAACAUGGAGUCCUUCAUUAACAUAGCAGUGGAGGCUCCAGUCCACUUGGUGGACAUUCAGUUAUCAGAUGACAUCAUCACCUGCAGUUCUACAGGUAUCUACCCUGAGCCUAAACUCACCUGGUCAACUGACCCCCCCUCUGACCUUUCAUUUGACCCUGGAACCAUCCAGAACUCCACCAGCAUCAAGGUGGAUGACCAGGGCCUCUAUAACAUCACCAGCACAAAACAGUUUAUCAGAAACCAAACCAACAUCUGUACCGUGACCUCUGGGACAGUAGAAAGGACAGCAACCCUGAAACAGCAAGAUCCGGUCCAAGGAUCUCCAAGCAGUGAGGUGUCCAUCCCCUGCAGUAUCUCUCAGUCUGACCUCCUGAACUUUGACCUCACCUGGACAUUCAACCAGAUAGUCACCAUCCUUACCUCCACCUACACCAACGGUACAGCUCAGAUGUAUGUUGUUGACAAGUGGAAGGAGCAGGUUCAGAAUUUGUCUGACUCUGGCAGCCUUCAGCUCCACAAGUUAACCAUGGUCCACCAGGGGACCUACAGCUGUGAACUCUCUACUGCCAGAGACACACACCUGAUCCUCACCUACCUGCAGAUCACACCUGAUAAACUAUCUGAUGUUUCAGAUGGACUGAGUCCAGGUUCAAUCACUGGUAUAAUAAUAGCUGCAGUGAUUAUAGCAGCAGUGAUAUGUUACCUGCUGAGAGGUUUUCUGGCCAAAUACAAAAGUAACAUGGCCAUCUGAAGAGGGAGAGUCACUCUCUGCUACAGCAAAUACAAAUGGUCCAAACGAAAACAGUCAGAGUGGAAAACCACUUCAGAAUGAAGAAGGAAGAAAGGAAUACAUAGAAAGACAACAAGAAUAAGGUCAAGAAGAAGAGGGUUCAUCCACAGCAGACAUAGUUAUGCCUUCAAUCAGCAUGAAGAAAACUUUCCAUAAAAACCACAAAACAUUAGUAACAAUUAGUAAUUAGUAAUUAGCACCUCCCUCAACCGCAGGGCUCUCCAGGACACCUACAGCACCCGAUAUCAGAGUAAAGCCAAGAAGAUCCUCAAGGGUGUCAUCAAAGCUCGGACUGAAAAACAGCUUCUAUCUCAAGGCAAUCAGACUGUUAAAUAGCAUUCAAUAGCUGGCUUCCACUCGGUUGAGGGUGCUGCCCUAUGUACACAGACUUGGAAUCACUGGCCACUUUAAUUAUGGAACAGUAGUCAAUUUAAUAAUGUUUAAAUAAUGUUUGCAUGCUGCUUUACUCAUCUCAUAAGUAUAUACUGUAUUAUAUUCUACUGUAUUUCAGCCAAUGCCACUCCGAUAUUGCUCAAUAUAAUAUUUAAAUAUUUCUUAAAACCUAUUUGGGCUAAUCGUCCCGCUAGCGGGAACAUUUCUGGUGAAACUGGAGGGAGCGCAAUUCAAAUAAAUGAUCAUAAAAAUUAUGGAUAUUAAACAUUUAUGUACAUACAAUUGUCUUCUAUUGGUUGAAAGCUUAAGUUCUUGUUAAUCUCACUGCACUUGCCAAUUUACAGUAGCCGUUACAGCGAUAGCAUGCCAUGCGAUUGUUUGAGGACGGCGCCCAACAUCAAAAUAUUUUUCUACCGGCACAGGUUUCAUAAAUUCACAAAUAGCGGAUAAAUAUUCACUUACUUUUGGAAAUUCUUCCUCUGAUUUGUCAUCCAAAGGGUCCCAACUAUAACAUGUAGUGUCGUUUUGUUAGAUAAAAUCCCAAAAAGUCUGUUUAGAUUGCGUCAUCAAUUUGAGCAAUCCACUCGUUCAACAGCAGAGAAAGGAAUCCAAAAAUCUACCGCUAAACUUUGUUAAAACAAGUCCAAAUACAUUUCUAUUGACUCCUCAGAUACCCUAAAAUGUAAUCAAACUCUAAUAUUUCAUACGGAAAGAAGUAUGUUCAAUAGGAAAACGAUAUUAGCAGGUGCGUCUCCUCUUCAUCGCGUGCCCAUACACAAAAUUCCAAGACUGUGUCCCUGUAGUAAAACUCCUUAUUCUUACUCGUUUUGGAAGAAACAAGCCUGAAACCUUGAACAUUGAGUGCUGACACCCAGUGGAAGCCAUAGGCAUUGCAUACUGGGAGCUAGAUUUAAUUAUUUCCCUAUACUUGCCAUUGUAAGAGCAUGGGCUCUCAAAAAAAACAAUUCUGGUUGUUUUUUCUUUGGAUUUUCUCCUACCAUAUCUAUUGUGUCAUAGUCUCCUACAUUAUUUUAACAUUUCUACAAACUUCAAAGUGUCUUCUUUCCAAUGGUACCAAUUAUAUGCAUACCCUGGCUUCAGGGCCUGAGCAACAGGCAGUCUACUUUGGGAACGUCAAUCAGGCGGAAAUUGAGAAAAAAUUACCCUAGCCUGAAGAAGUUUUUGAUUCCAUUCUUUUACUUUAAAUGUGUGUGUACUGUUGUGAAUUGUUAGAUACUACUGCACUGUUGGAGCUAGGAACACAAGCAUUUCGCUACACCCGAAUUUACAUCUGCUAAAUAUGUGUAUGUGACCAAUAACAUUUGAUUUGAUUUGAACAACAUUCAAAGAAUGUUAUUUAAAAACAUACACAUUCCGUUCUCAGCAUCAACAAAACUCUGUAUAUCCUCUAUCUUGUUAAGUGGCCACUCCUGAUCUUAAUUGUUAAUUGUGUUUGUUUCUUUUGAAAUAGGGUCUGUUUGAAUAGACUAAAAUGAACAGCUUUGUAUGAGUUUAAAAACAACAUGGCAAGAUAGCUCCAUCCUGGUGGCUCAGUGGACAAAUUCCAUGGAUAGAGACCAGAAGAUCAUAUGUUUGAAUCACACUGACACCAUGCCACAAUAAGAAAUGAAUGUGUUUGCAAAUUAAUUUCCACAUGUACUUAGAGUCACACUGAUACAAGUACAUCUCUUCUUCUAUAAAAACAACAGUGUGUCAGUUAUACAUAUUUAAUAAAAUAAUUAAAUAUGUACAUAUGUCAGAAACAAUCAAGUUAGUCAAAAUUGUCUUUAGCAAGCACACACAACCUAGGGAAAUUUCAAAGUAAGAACAGUCUAGCUAGCUAACUGAACGUUACACAUACUGAACCCAGGCAGAGAGAAUAUAGCAUGGGUGUGUGUUAAAAAGUGAUGAGCUGUCCCUGUGUCCUGUGUUUAUGUCCUUUUAAGGACAUCCUGUCCGGAUGUCCUCAUGCUAUUUAGAGUGUGCUUAUGUAAUGCUUGAUAGUGCAGCUGUUUCUGCGAAGUAAAGCAAAUGUUUGCAAUAAAAAGUAAUGGCCUGAUGA